GCUGAUGAAAGAGGGGAGGCCGGUGGGCGUGUGUGUGUCUGCGCUGUGCAUUGGCGGCUGAAGCUGAGGUUCAGCUGACGGGCGUUUAUCGUUUCCUCCCUUGCUGCUCUUCUGUGUCUCAUCGCUGCGGCGCGAUUCGAAGCGCGGGGUCAGUUAGAGCUUCACCUCUCUGUUUCCGGCCUCCUCUCCCUGAUCCACCCUCUGCUCGGAGAUGCUCAGGCUCCAGUCCAUCGCUGCCCGCUCCCUGAUGGCCGGAGCGUUAGAUCCGUGCCCGGCUUUAGCCGCUCCUGGGCCCGGCAGGCGGCCGAACCGCGCCGCGCUGAGGCUCUCUCCGGCCGGGCUGAAGCGCUACAACGCGUCCGGAGCUCCGGCAGCAGCGGUCGCCGCAGUGGGGAACGGAAAGGCCCGGGAGAAGACGCUGACCAUGGAGACCCUGAACCCGCAGGUGAAGGCGGUGGAGUACGCGGUCAGGGGACCCAUCGUCAUCAAAGCCGGGGAGAUCGAGAGGAUCUUACAGGAGGGGGGUAAAAAGCCCUUCACCGAGGUCAUCAAAGCCAACAUCGGGGAUGCCCACGCCAUGGGACAGCAGCCUAUCACGUUCCUCAGACAGGUGGUUGCUCUCUGCACCUUCCCUGAGCUCCUGGACAGCCCCAGCUUCCCAGAGGACGCUAAGCGGAGAGCACGGCGUAUCCUGCAGGGUUGCGGGGGGCGGAGCCUGGGGUCAUACAGUGCCAGCCAGGGGGUGGACUGCAUCCGGCAGGACAUCGCUGCGUACAUCGAGCAGAGAGACCAGGGAGUGCCGUCCAACUGGGAGAACAUCUUCCUCACCACCGGUGCCAGUGAUGGGAUUGUGAGUAUCCUGCGGCUCCUGGUGUCGGGUGAAGGUCGCGCCCGCACCGGCGUGAUGAUCCCCAUCCCUCAGUAUCCGCUCUACUCCGCAGCCAUCGCAGAGAUGGACGCUGUGCAGAUCAACUACUACCUCGACGAGGACAACUGCUGGGCCUUAGACGUGCACGAGCUGCACAGAGCAUAUCAGGCUGCCAAACAGCACUGCCAGCCCAAAGUUCUCUGCAUCAUCAACCCUGGAAACCCCACAGGUCAAGUGCAGAGCAAGAAGUGUAUUGAAGAAGUCCUGCAUUUCGCCUAUGAGGAGAACCUGUUUGUCAUGGCGGAUGAGGUGUAUCAGGAGAACGUCUAUGCCCCAGACUGUGAGUUCCACUCCUUUAAGAAGGUUCUGUAUGAGAUGGGCCCGGAGUACUUCAACAGCGUGGAACUGGCCUCGUUCCACUCCACUUCCAAAGGUUACACGGGAGAGUGUGGCUUCAGAGGCGGCUUUAUGGAGAUCGUAAACCUGGAUCCGGAGGUUAAGGCCCAGCUGGUGAAGCUGCUGUCGGUCAGACUGUGCCCCCCGGUGGCAGGCCAGGCUGCCAUGGACGUGGUUGUGAAUCCUCCGCAGCCGGACGAGCCCUCGUUCGCUCAGUUCCACAAGGAGAAGGCCUCAGUGCUGGGUGCCCUGGCAGAUAAAGCUAAGCUAACGGAGCAGAUCCUCAGCGCCGUGCCUGGAAUCAAGUGCAAUCCUGUCCAGGGGGCCAUGUACGCCUUCCCCCAGAUUUUCAUCCCCCCCAGAGCAGUGGAAGAGGCCAAGGCUCUGGGAAUGCAGCCAGACAUGCUGUACUGCCUCAGGCUCCUGGAGGAGACGGGAAUCUGCGUUGUUCCUGGAAGCGGCUUCGGCCAGAGGGAGGGCACCUACCACUUCAGAAUGACUAUCCUGCCGUCUCCUGAGAAGCUGAAGGUGCUCCUGGAGAAAGUGCGAGAUUUCCACAUCAAGUUCCUGAAGGAGUAUUCCGCUCUGGAAGAGCCUCAGUGCCGAGUGCAGGCCUGAAGAGGCCAGACUGGACAUGCUAGAACAUCACUUAACACGCUAACCCCACAGUAACAGUAGUGUUAAGUAGCGUCGAUUUAUUAUUUAGUAUUUUUUGUUCAGAUCAGCAGGUCGGAAGGGGCUUUUCUGUUCAGCGAUUUCUGGAACUGUUCUAUUUGUGCCUUUUUUGAAAUGUCGUUCUAAAGAAAAAGGGAUGGGGUCAGUUUAAGCUACAACACUAAAGCAUGAAUGUUCAGAAGCCCCUUCGUUGCGGGGCUUGUCUGCGAGAGCAGGACGUUCUGUUUAUUCUGUUUUUUUAAAGUCUUAUUUUCCCUCAUCGUUCACUGUGAGCUGCACAGGAACACAGAAGGGUCUUCACGCGCAGCCCACCGCUCACAUCGCAUCCGAACGCACAGCCCAUUCAGGAAAUUGUCCCUAAACGUAUAAUGUGACUUAAUCAGAGCUCUAAAAUGGCUCUGUCGUUACUUAAAGUCUGAAAGUUUUGCACUUCCCAGAGAAUCUGUUGAUGCGGCAUUAUUUUUGGGAACUAAUGUUACUGUAAAUUCAGAGGCUUUUCACUGCAGUGAAAAGUGUUUUAUCUAGAGGCUGUUUUUAGAAUUUGGUGCUUAAAAAGUUAUUUUUUGUGAAGAUGCUGUUAAGAUAAUGAAGAACGAAUUAGCUCUGCUUCUUCUCUUUGGCCUCCCUUAUUGAUGUGGGGACGUGAUUAGCUUUAAUGACGGCUGCAGUCAGUACAGCUGUAGUUUUAGUGAGAUAGCUUGCUAACGUGGCUAAAGAAGCUAGCGGCCAGUUAGUAUAACAUGCUCUGUGUUAUGCUAAGUGGUGGCUGGUUUGUUAUUUAUUGUUAGCAACAUCAGCAUUUUGGACUGAAUUUAUGCAGAAUCCCAGAUAGCAAGCAUGUACUGGUCCACUCGAAAAGGGUUGGGAUCUCACUGCUCGGACCACCCAGAUUAUUGUCCUGCAUGAGAGGUCUAACUAGUUUCUAAUCUCUUCAGACAGUUUUUUUGUCUAAUACUCGCCCGUGGGCCGUCGGCAGGCCAGCAGUGGCCCACUGUCUUCUUGCUAUCUGGGAUGAAGGACCCCUGUACGGACGUAUUAACAGCAGGAGCUGUAAUCCACCUCACUGUGUCUCUGCUGAACCGAGGCGAAAGGCAGCAGAGCACGGCUGUGAAAGUUUUCCACGGUGUUCCGCUCAAAACGCACAACAGUUUGUAAAGAGUCCUGUUUGAGGAAUGAAUUUGGUGUCCUAGAAAACUCCGAAUCUGUUUCAAUGGGAACUUUUUCACAGUGGUUUUAUUGGCGCCGGUCACUCCUCGACGUGGUUAUUCAUAAGGAGAAUUAUGAAGUUACCUCCUUUCUCCUGUUAUUGUAUCGUGCCAAACAGUUUCUUUUACUUUUACAAGGUUCUGUUACUUUCAUCUGUCACUGUUUACAAUGCUUUGUUUUUAUUUUUUGUAAUUAAUAAAUACUGAAUGAAUUUGAAAAAAAAAUCCAAUUGUUUUAACUCAACCAUUUUUUUUCCAGCGUUUGUCUACAGGCUACUGAGGUGCCUUUAGUAGAGUUCAUUUUUAAUAAUUAUUAUUAUUAUUAUU